GAGGAAGGCUCAUCAUCCGAUACUUGCUCAUCACUGACACGCGCUCAGGAUUUCAGGCAUUCUUCCCCCUCGCCUCCUCUGGCCUGACGGACCCACCAGCCCAUCACCAUGAACUACCUCCGCCGGCGCCUGUCAGACAGCAGCUUCGUGGCCAACCUCCCCAACGGCUACAUGAUGGAUCUGCAGAGGCCGACCCCUCCAGGCUCAUCCACUUCCUCCACCUCCUCCCCAGCUUCCCCGGCCACAGAGAGGCGGCAGCCCCCGAGCAUCCCGCCGCCGGCUUCAAACCCGGCCCCGGGCCCCGGCUCGGCCACGGGCUCGGCCACGGGCUCGGCCACGGGCUCGGCUUCGGGCGCAGGGAGCUUCCUCAGCUCCUUCUCCAGCGUGGUGAAGAGUGCUCAGAUGGCCCAGAACGUCGCUGCCGCCGCACACGCCAAGUCAGCGGCGACAGCAGCUGAAGGAGCCUCAACAGGAAGCAGUCAGCCAGCGAAACCUGUCGUACGCAAGCCCAAGAUCCUGCUGGUCAUCGACGAUCAGCACACAGACUGGGCGAAGUAUUUUCGAGGCAAGAAACUGAACGGAGAGUACGAGAUCCGGGUGGAGCAGGCCGAGUUCUCAGAGAUCAACCUGGCCUCCUACGUCAACUCGGGAUGUAUGGUGGACAUGCAGGUCAACAAAGGUGGCACCAGAGUGGUCAGGUCCUUCAAGCCAGACUUCGUCCUGAUUCGCCAGCACGCCUACAGCAUGGUCCCCGGUGAGGAUUUCAGGAACCUUGUGAUCGGCCUGCAUUUCGGCGGCGUCCCGAGCAGCAACUCUCUGUUCUCCAUCUACAACUUCUGCAGCAAACCUUGGGUGUUUUCUCAGAUGAUAAAGCUCUACCACUCCCUCGGUGCAGAGAAAUUCCCCCUGAAUGAACAAACCUUCUAUCCCAACCACACACAGAUGGUUACAACCGCUUCCUACCCUGUGGUGGUCAAGAUGGGGCACGCUCACGCAGGCAUGGGAAAGAUCAAAGUGGAAAACCAACAGGACUUCCAGGACAUCACCAGCGUGGUGGCUCUGGCCGGGACCUACGCCACCACCGAGCCCUACGUCCAGUCCAAGUACGACAUCCGCAUCCAGAAGAUCGGCAACAACUACAAGGCGUACAUGAGAACGUCCAUCUCUGGGAACUGGAAGGCAAACACAGGUUCUGCCAUGUUGGAACAGAUCGCAAUGACUGACAGAUAUCGGCUGUGGGUGGACUCCUGUGCUGAGAUGUUUGGUGGCCUAGACAUCUGUGCGGUGAAGGCCGUCCACGGAAAAGACGGCAACGACUAUAUCAUCGAGGUGAUGGACAGCUCCAUGCCCCUGAUCGGUGAGCACAUCGAGGAGGAUAAACAGCUGAUCACAGAGCUGGUCAUCAAUAAGAUGGCCCAGGUGAUGCUGGGAUUGUCCACACCUCAGCCUUCCUCUGUCAAGGUACAUCACUGUUUGACACAUGACCUUUUAUGUACACAGGUUGAUCCGACCAAGCAACCUUCAGGGGGACACCGCUCUGCUUCCGCCUCUCCAUCUCAGUCGGCCCAGGGUUCCCCUCAGAGAGCCCGAUCCGCCACCACCUCACCCAGCCAGGCCUUCCAGCCCGGACCCAUCCCUGCCACCUCCGGGCCUGGAGCUCAGAAACAGUCUCCACAGCUGAACAAAUCCCAGUCGCUGACCAACACCUUCACAGAGACGUUACGAGGAAGCGUGACCGACGAUGAGGCCAAAGCUGAGACCAUCCGCAGCCUCCGCCAGUCCUUCGCCAGCCUCUUCUCCGACUAA